CGAGCGGGUAGUACCAUCGCAUCGCCGAAGAAAUCCAUCGAGUUCGCGGAUUUACCAUCGGCGGUACCGUGGAAAACAGUGCGUUUUUCAUUAGACAGAUUGUUUUGAUAUAGUUGCAUCGGUUCAUUUUAUUCUUUUUUUAAUUAAUAUAACAGAUCCAUUUUUCAUCGUCGUCGCCUGUCAACCAACCUGCAAAAACCUAGAAAAAAGCAUAAAAAGCUAGUGAACUAGCUGAAAAAUGGACAAGUUUGAAAUCGAGACGUAAUUAGACCGAAAAUUGCACGUUCGUAGAACUAUUAUUAUCGGUGUGACUGUGUGAGAGCGUAGCAUGUCGCAUAAAUGGCGGUGAUAAAUUACGGAAUUGGUAAAAAUGGGGCGGCAGAUGGGCCGGUAUAUUACCACCGCUUUCUUCAUAAUGGCCGGUGCAUUUUUGGUUAAAACCCACUCGAUAAAAGAAGAGGACUUAAAACAUUUGUUGAGUUCGGCAGAAUGGAAUACACUUAUCGGCAAAGAAGAUGGAAACUUUACAAUCACAUACCCAGUCUUCAAGCCAUCUCACAAAGAAGGCCUCGGAAACAACGUGACCCAUCAACUCCACAUCGCCGCUCCAAAAUUUGGACAGAUCUUCCUAUUGAAACUGUCACCUUCGAAAAAAUUGACGUCCAGAGAUUUUGUUGUCCUGGAAACUUACUCCAACGGAUCAGUUCCUUUUAAUUAUAAGAACGACGACCUUGACUGCUACUUUAGGGGACCUAGGACUGCCAUUAGUUCAUGCCAAGGAGUGAGAGGUAUAGUACACUCCACCGUUGAUCACCUGUACAUCAUUCACCCACUGCCAAAAAGAUUUCACAAUUCCACAUCAAUUCCUCAUAUUCUACUGAAAAAGCCUCAUCAAGAAUUCAAAACUAUAGAAGACAAUCACGAAAAAUACUUAAAUAAAAAGAAAAUUCGAAGACACGUAAAUAGACAGAAAGAAGAGAAUUUGAGACGGUCUAAAAGAGAAGCAUUUCCAGCUGGUGCAACUGUAUUCGUUGAAACAGCUGUCUUUGUCGAUAGAGACUUGUUUGAUCAUAUGAAAACAAACUUUCCGACAGACACUGAAAGGGAGAUUAUACGCUUUGUUCUCGCAAUGAUAAACGCCGUGCAGCUCCUCUACCACGACCCCUCGCUCGGCAGACCGGUUAACUUUGUCCUGAAACGGUUGGAAAUAAUGAAGGACGAGGUCUCGGGUCUGGUCAGGCCACCUGACAUCGACAGAUUCCUCUCCAACUUUUGCAACUGGCAAAGGACAAAGAAUCCCGCCGGUGACAGGGAACCGUUACACUGGGACCACGCGCUUAUCCUCACGGGGCUCGAUUUGUACGUGAGGGGGAAGCACGGAAAAAUCUCGAAUCAAGUUGUGGGUCUGGCUCCAGUUGCAGGAAUGUGUACAGCUACCAGCAGCUGUACUGUAAACGAGGGACGUCAUUUUGAAAGCGUUUACGUUGUAGCUCAUGAGAUUGGACACAAUUUAGGAAUGAGACAUGAUGGACCUCUAGCUGAUAAUGACUGUGAUCCUAGCAGUUACAUAAUGUCUCCAACUCUAGGCAGUGGAAAAAUUACUUGGUCAUCUUGCAGUAAACGAUAUUUACAGAAAUUUUUGGAUACGCCUCAAUCUCGAUGUCUCCUGGACCAUGGAAGUUCUGCCGGCCAAUUGGAUCAUGGUGCUGAAGGUGCUCUACCAGGAGAAAGAUUCAACUCGGAUCAACAAUGUUUGUUAAAAUAUGGAAAAGGAAGCAAACAUUCUUCCCAACAGCCUCUGGACGAUGUGUGUCGUGAUCUGCAUUGUGAAAGGGAAAGAUAUACCUGGACUUCACAUCCUGCUCUUGAAGGAACGCAUUGUGGGAUAGGUAUGUGGUGUAAAGGAGGAAAAUGUGUCCACAAGUCAACCAGGACCCACGAACCUUACAGCAGUGCACUGAUACAAUCUCCACAGUCUCAACAAAUCAACGGAGGUUGGAGUAAAUGGAAAUACAGUGAAUGCGCUUCUGGAUGCUUAUUUGGAGAGGAAGGCAGACUAAGAAGUGGCAGUACUGGAAUUAUGAUUUCAGAAAGAUUCUGUAAUAAUCCAAGCCCUCAUGGUGACGGUCAAAAAUGCGAUGGACCCGAAAAGAAAUACCAAACCUGCAACGCUCAACAAUGUCUUAACGUUCCUAGACUGACCAUAAAGGAAUUUGCCGAACAAAUUUGUACCAGAGCCAAAGAAGUGGAUAAAGAUUUGACUGGAUCUGGUAUGCAGAAGAUCAGUUCAGAUGCUGAAGAAGCAUGCGUGGUGUGGUGCCAAAAACGAAAUGGUGGACCAAAAAGCAGAGGCUGGACCUUUCCAGAUGGUACAGCUUGUCAAAUGAGAAGAACUAAAUAUGCUGGAAGAUCGAGCUAUUGUAUCAAUGGUCGCUGUGAAGACUUCGUAUGUGAUCCAUUUGAAGAAGCUGUUUUCACACAAAUGCCUGAUGUAUGUCCGGUAGAUCGAGACAGUAACGAGAUUAAUUGGAGAACAGGAUUACGCCGACGAGAAGGUGCAAUAAGGUGGAAAAGUGCCAGUGGGUGUCAUUACAACUGCAUGUCUCCUGGAUCGGGAAUAAGACUGGUUUUGAAUAAGAAACUUGGAAAAAGUAGUAUCCAGUUGUGCCAACCAGACCAAUUUGGUUGUGGUAAAGUCAAGACAUCAUUUCAACAUGCCUCUAUAAUAUGCACAAAGUAUAAGGACAGAGUUAGACGUCUCUCAGGAUUGGGCAUGCAGAUAUCUCCCUCAUUAGAGGAUCCAGACAGACCAUGCAGGGUAGCAUGUCAAGAUGAAAACAUUUCGCACAGAUUUUAUUUAGUCAAUGGAGAAGACGGUUGGUUUCCGUUCGGCACAGAUUGCUCAAAAGGAUCUACAGAAAAGAAGGCGUUUUGUAUAAGUGGAAAAUGUCUUGCUUUCGGAUCGGACGAUACGCCACUGUCGGAGAGCGAAUUUACAUUACCUCUUCUUUCUCGAAAUAAGAGAUCGUUAGAAAAGAACAAGACUAAAGUGACUGUUAAACUAAACCAAGAAGAAUUAGAUGCAAUUGUAGAAAGAUUUAAUAAGACCUUAUCAGGUUUUACUGAUCAUUCCAUGAAGCUAUUUGAUAUCGACCUAGAUAAUCCCGUACACAUUCAUAAAGACACUGGAAUCACACCAUACAGCCAAUAUGGACAGGACUAUGACUAUACAAACCCAGAAGACAUGUUAAAUUAUGCCUAAAUAGUAGGAAUUAUACAUAAUAUAUAUAAUUAAUAUUUAUACAACUUUUUGUAAUUAGAAAAAUAUUUUUAUUAAAAAGUUUUAUAAAUUCUUUUGUACUACAAUAAAUAAUUUAAAUAAUAUUAAAAA